AAUGCACUCUGACAAGUUGUUUUCCUUAGGCAAGAAACUUCUAUCAGCAUGUCAAGCCACUGGUUACUAUUCUUACGGCUAGUCACAUCUUUGGGUGCCGUUGUGCGAGUUCACUGAAGAAUGAGUUUUACAGUAUGACUUAUCGGCAUUAGGGCAUGAUGAGUAAGGGUGCAGAGUGAACAUUUUAUAAAUCGUAGGGGGUUUUACAAGUUCUAAUUUUUUAUCUUCACUUGUUACCCCACGAAUAUUAAUUCCCGGAAUUUGAUCUCCGACCCGACAAGAAGCUCUCUUCUUCAACCUUCAGCAAACUCUCAAUUAGCUCUUCAUUCAAAACGCAGCGUAAAGAUUAUUAUCAAGUUUAAGAAAAUUGGUUACUAGAGCUGUGUUACGGUUACUGGUUCCAGGAGUAGAAGUUGAAAUUUUAAGAGGAAGGUGAUGGAAGAUCAACAUUCGGUUAAUAGUCCAAGAAGAAUAUUAAGUUUUACGAAGAGAAGGAGAGCAACUGUGUCUUUUUUAGAUCAUGAUGGCAAGGCUUAUUCUGGGUUUGGUCCUAAGACUUCUGAAGUUUAUGGCUUUGUUGGAUCCAUUACCACAGUUGUCACUACAGUUCUUUUCUUGGUAUGGGCAUAUGUUCCUCAACGCUGGUUACAUGCAAUUGGGAUUUCUUAUUACCCUAGCAGGUAUUGGGCAUUGGUGGUGCCAGCUUAUGCUAUGGUGACUGUAGUAUUAGCAUUAUCUUUUUACAUUGGCCUCAAUUUCAUGUUGACUCCUUCAACUUCCUUGAAUACAAUGUUUGAUGAAUUCAGCAGAGAACCUUAAAAUUCUGUUUCUGUACCUGAGGGAGAUGAACAAAAUACCCAUUUUGUUCUGUGAAUUUAUGAUCUCGUUUGUUACUGAAUUGAUUUCAAGUACAUUUUGAGAAGUAAAUGUGGAAAAUAUUACAAGC